CACACAGCGCCUGGGGUUUUCCGCUGUGUUUGGUGUCUGUGCGGUUUUGCCCCGCAGGUCCCGCAGCCAACAUGGCCUCCAUCAGAGAGCGAGCUGCGGCCCUGCAGCUGCGGGCCUUUUCUCCUCCAGGUAGUUCAGCUGCUGGAGUGAAAGCAGUGCAGUCGUCUUCCAUCUGGAGCGACCUCAUCACCCACCUGAGGUCCAAGCUGACGGUGAAGCGCCGACUGGUCCAGUUCAAGGCCCACAGCGACUGCUUCGUGGGCUCUGAGGCCGUGGACGUCCUGCUGCGGCACGCCGCCAACGCUAACGGCCUGCCGGGUGAUGGCGCUGUCUCCAGAGAGCAGGUGGUGUGUGUGUGCCAGGCUUUGCUGCAGAGCGGUGUGUUUGAGGCCGUGGGAACCAGAAACAGGAGGCAGGAUGCGUUUGAGGACAGUGGGAGCGCUCUGUACCGGUUCGCCGAGCGACGCCGUCCUGCCGUGGAGGAGCUGCAGCGACACGCUGCUCUGGUCCAGCAGCUCUUCCUCGGCGCUCCUCCUCCUCCUCCUCCUCGGCCCGAGGAGCCGGCCGGGUCCCCUGGGGGGCCGGAGGGGCCGGUGGGCGGUCCCAGCAGGGGGCGCCAGACGGACACAGCUCUGCCUCAGUCCUUGGUCGACCAGGUGUGGCAAGAGCAGACGCUGCUCAGGCUGCUCAACCUGGUGGAGCUCCCCCUGCUGGAAGGAGUCCUGCAGUGCAGCCAGAGCCCGACCUCUGACCCCUCAGCCGACCUGCUGCUGAUCAGCGACAGCCUGGACAGACGGAUCCUCCAGGCCUUCAGGGACUCCCAGGAAGACGACUGGCUAUCCAGCGGUUUGGACUGUUUGGACUUCCUGCCUGACCAGCAGGUGGCGGAGCUGAGCAGAGAGCUGCCGCUGCUUCCCCCAGACAGCAGUGACCCAGAACCACCACACGGGGGCGCCAUUCAAGGCAGAGGGCCCAGCAGUGAGGACGAUGUACCGGCUCGGCCCCCGGCCCCGGGGCCGCUGCUGCUGUUCGGCUUUCUGGUCAGGCACUACGGCAGCCGGCCGCCUCUGCUGCCUCCCAACAUGGCGGCCGUGUACGCGGCCGUGGCCGAGCUGCUGGAGAAUGGCCAGCUGGAAAAGGCGCUGGAGGCUCUGCAGCUGUGUCUGAAGCUGCCCCCUGGCUGCCGGGAGGAGCUACGCAGGCUGCUGACCUUCAUGGCUGCUGCGGCUGAACCACGAGCGCCGAAGCUGGACAAGGAGGUGGAGAACAGAGCGGCGGUGAUGAAGGCGUUCUCCAAGGCUGUUCUUCACAGCAGGAGCUUUCCGAAGGAGAAGCAGGACCUGAUGCUCAACUUCCUGCUCAGCAACAGACAAGAAGUCUUUAAGAUUCCAGGAUCUCUGCACAAAACCAUCAGUGAGAAGCUGGCGGGGCUCGCUCAGACCGAUGCUGCAGCAUCUCCUCCCAGUGCGGCUCCUGCUGCCGCAGCCAAGCAGGCCACCCAGCAGGCCACCCAGCAGGCCCUGUUGGAGCUGCUGCGCAGCAUCAACCUGGACCGCAGCAUGGCGCCGAAGUACAGGAAGCGUCUGCUCAGGCAGUUCUGCUCCGCCCAUCCACAGAUCUUCCACCAGUACUUCGGCGACUCCGCCACCGCUCAGAUCUAGGCAAACGUUUGAUUUUCUGCUUUUGAACCAUUUCUCCUUGUGUUCUGGAUCCUGUCAGUGAUUUUUAUGCAGUUUCUGCUUCUUGUAUUUCCUCUGCAUGUUUGUUUGUUGACUUGCUUGAUUUUAAGAUAAUUAAAUAAACCUUACAGUUCCAC